AUGGUGGCGUACUGGAGCAUCUCGCGUUACCUGAUUGUUGUGCUGUACUGCUUGCUUUCAUCCUCCAAUGUGACGAUCGGGCAGGAAGAUGCCGCACCAGAACCCGCGUGCCCGACCAUGGUGAAGCGGGCCCAAUGGGGGGCAAACAAAUCCAGCAACGUCACGUAUCAGCUGAAACCGGUUGCGAACGUCAUCGUGCAUCACACGACGGGCGAACGUUGCACCAGCGUCCAGACCUGUAAGGAGAUGGUGCGGAACAUACAAACCUUCCACCAGACGCAGAACCGUUGGAGUGACAUCGGUUACAAUUUUCUGAUCGGCACCGGUAACAUAUACGAGGGUAUUGGUUGGCAUCGGGCUGGUGCGCACCUGCGGGGCUACAACGACAAAUCGAUCGGUGUGGCCUUCCUCGGGAACUUCGACCAGGACCGACCGACAGCCCGUAGCCUCGAACUGCUCGCCCGGUUGCUGCAGUGUGGCGUCGAGACGGGUGAACUUGCUGACGACUAUCGGCUGUACGGUGCACGGCAGCUCCAAGCCACCAACAGCCCGGGGAAAUUGUUGUACGCGAAGCUGCAAACGUUUGACCACUGGCAGGCGGAUGCAUAG